AUAUGACAACAGAAAGAAAAUCUGAGUGUUAGUCCGAUACGACGACGGAAAGAAAACACGAUCGUUAGUCCGAUACAAUGACGGAGAGAACAUUAUGACGCCAGGAUGGGACUAGCAGCCUCGUCAACACGAUCCGAGGAGGAAUCUCGGAAAAUCCUGUCGUCGAAGAUCUCGUCUGAGUCGUCUCGGAAGAUCCUGUCGUCGAAGAUCUUGUCUGGUUCGUCUCAUACCUCGUCCCUUUCCUCGAGGCGGAAGAAGGAGGAGGAGGAGGCGGAGAGGACUGCGUGGAAGGAGUGGAGGGUGGAAGAAAGUGCGCGAGAAAGUGGAAAAAGCGGAAGGGAAGGAAGAGAGCUAACGAACAAAAGUGGGGCGAGGGAGAACGCGGAUAAAAGACCAGAUGCGGCAAAGAUAGCAAAGAGAGACCGACCGAGCAUAACAAAGAAAAAAUCGACGACAAAGACAAUAAAAACAACGGGAAUAAAUAGAGGAGGAGGAGGAAGAGAAGAGAAUUCAAACCUCGACAACGACCGGCUGGAAUUCCGCUGGACGGAGAACGAGACGACGACGACGACGACAAGACGCGAGAUGAGGAUCUCCUUCGACCGCAGGGACUUGUCAUGGCCCCUUGCCAGGACGGUGGAUAGCGUCUCCCGUCAGGAUAACUGGCCGCCCCUCCCCUCGGCAUGUCCCGUCGGCCCGUGCUUCUACCAGGACAUCAGCGUCGACAUACCCCUAGAAUUCCAGAAAAUCGUCAGGAUGCUCUACUAUUUAUGGAUGUUCCACGCCCUCAUGCUUCUCCUGAACAUCCUCGGAGGCCUAGGAGUGUUCGUGGCGUUUGGCGAGGGCGCUACCUUCGGCCUUGCCAUCGUCUACUUCAUCAUCUUCACGCCGUUCUCGUACAUCUGCUGGUUCCGGCCGAUCUACAAGGCGUUCAGGAGCGACAGUUCGUUCAACUUUAUGGUGUUCUUCUUCGUGUUCUCCUUCCAGCUAAUCGUCAGUGUCAUCAAUGCCAUCGGAGUGCCGUCGAUGGGCACCUGCGGCUUUGUCCUCGGCCUCUCCACCCUCGGGAACGACGAGGACGUCCCGGCGAACUACAUCGUGGGGAUCAUGGUGUUGAUGAUAGCUCUGGGGUUUGCGGCAGUCGCUGCCGUCGACGCGAUCCUCCUCAUUAAGGUCCACCGCAUUUACCGCAGCACGGGCGCCAGCUUCGCCAAGGCCCAAGCCGAGUUCUCCCAGGGCGUCAUGGGCAACGAGCACGUGCAGAACGUCGCCUCCAACGCCGCGUCGCACGCCGUCAGGAACCACUUGUUCACCGGGGGGGUAGGAGGGGGAGGAGGAGGAGGAGGAGGAGGAGGAGGUGCCGGCAUGGGGACUGGAGGAGGAGGAGGAGGAGGAGGAGGAGGUAUUAUGGGUGGAACUGGGCCGAGGUUUUAGGGAGGAGGAA